AUAAUAAUUCACAUUUAAAAGCCUAAAGCACAGUCACAACACAAGCGAAGAGGGGCAAGCAGCAAUAUCAAUCAAAGUGACGAGCGACAAUGAUCUCCAGAGAUGAUUCCAAAACGCUCUACUCGCUACUCAAUUCCGGCGACCUCCGCCCGUUCGAUCAGAUCUCCGGCGAUUUCUUCUCCAGUUUUCCGGCGUCACUUCACUUCAGACUCUGCUCUUCGCUAGCUAUCCUACUUGAGGAUAAAUCAGUGCUCAGAUCUUCACAACGCUUGGUGGCAUAUGCUAUACUAUAUCAGGCUUACUCCUCCCAAAGGCCUUCAUCAAACCCAUUUAUUUCUUUGCUUGUAGAUGCAGCCAGUGAUAAUGAUGCUGAGAAAUUUGAAAGGGCAUUUAUACUCCAGUUAUUAGGGUCCUCCGGCUCUACAAGUAUUAAAGAGGUUCUUAAGCAGACUGCCUCGGACUACAUAAAAUGUUUUGAUAUUGCAUCGCAUGCAUUCCCGCCACGUGAGCAGUUGCAGCAGCAAUUUUGUGAGAAAAUAAAUCCAGAACAAGAUCAUUGCUUAUUUAAGAGCAUCUCUGUCAAAAAUGUGGUGCCAGACCCUGAUGUACCCCGUGGUUGUGAUGUCAACUCAUCUGAGUUUGACCUGCAGCCUGGAGUCCAGCCAAAAAUUGGAGCUGGUGAUAGAAAUGAAACAGCUGCUGGGUUGCUGGAGAAUUUUUCAUUUCAAGGAUUGGGUCCUCAGUGGAUAAGGCCUCGUCCGCCAAGGCUCCCAGUACAGUAUGAUGAACUAGUUUGGCUCAACCCUGAUAACCAUCAUGAGCUUUUAUGGGAUAAUGGAAUGUGUGCUGAUACCAGCAAAGGGGCUGUAGUACGUGAUUUAAUUGCGAAAGCGUUAAAGGGGCCACUUGCGCCUACUCAACAAGAGAGAGUUCUGUUUGAGUUGGUUAGCGAUCCAAAGAUUGUAUAUCACUCAGGAUUGACACCAAAAAAGUUACCGGAAUUGGUGGAGAAUAAUCCUUUAAUUGCUGUUGAAGUCCUGACCAAGAUGAUUCAUUCAACUGAGAUUUCAGAGUACUUCACAGUUCUCGUUAACAUGGACAUGAGUCUUCAUUCAAUGGAAGUUGUCAACCGACUUACUACAGCUGUUGACCUCCCAACUGAAUUUGUACACAUGUACAUAACUAAUUGCAUAUCAUCCUGUGAGAACAUUAAGGAUAAGUACAUGCAGAACAGACUUGUGAGGCUUGUAUGUGUUUUCUUGCAGAGCCUGAUACGCAACAAAAUUAUCAACGUUCAUGAUCUUUUCAUAGAAGUGCAAGCUUUCUGUAUCGAGUUCUCACGGAUCAGGGAGGCAGCUGGUUUGUUCAGGCUUCUUAAAAGCUUGGAAUGAAUGAACUUCCCUUUUCCCCGGCAGCCUACAUGAUGUACAUUUUGUUGUUUUGGACAACCACCAUAUCUCAUUGUUGUGGUUGUGUACAAUAGAGAUUUCACAUUGUUUCAGCCUAUAUUUACCUAGGAUUUUCAGUUGAUCAAUAUUCAAGUGUAAGCAAUAAGAUGAUCCGGACAGUAUUCAUAAUAUUUGAAUAUUUGAAAGGUGUUAUGUUACAAAAAAGGCCAUAUGUCGAAAGGAGAUACCGAACUGAACCAAUAUAUAAUGCCAAUUCUUGACUUGGAUCUAGUCCAAGUCCUGAAGAAUUAUAGAAUGGACUGGAUUUUUGAAGCAAAAGUCGGGAUGGUAUAUAGCUUUGUAAAAUGGCGGUCUUUUUUCAUAGAUGUUCCUUUCCUUUUAA